AUGGUAGAAGCUGGUUCCGGGGAGUGCCCUUUCAAAAAAGAUUCUUCAUCUACUCCCACUUUCUCAGGAUGUCCCAUGGGAGGCGAUUCCCAGAACGCGGUCGACCCAUUAAACAUGAUGCCACAAGAAAGUCAAACCCCAAGUCCUGGUCAGCCAUUUCCGCUUUCAACCAAUCGUGAAGUGUCUAGUAUCCCCAAAGCAGAUCCGAAAGAUGAAAACAUCCAAAAUUGGGUAUAUCCAUCACCCCAGAUGUUCUGGAACGCGAUGUUACGCAAAGGUUGGCGUUGGAGUAGCGACCAAAUCAGUCCAGAUGAUAUGGAGAAUAUUGUGCGCAUUCACAACGCGAAUAACGAGGCUGCAUGGGCCGAGGUAUUGAAAUGGGAGGCGAUGCACUAUCGUGAGUGCAAGACGCCAAAAUUACGAAAAUUCGCUGGUGAUGCGAAAAACUAUUCUCCAAGAGCUCGAAUACGCCACUGGAUGGGCUAUGAAUUGCCAUUUGAUCGCCAUGACUGGGUUGUUGAUCGCUGUGGCAAAGAUGUGCGAUACAUAAUCGAUUACUAUGACUCCGAUAAAAUUGAUCCGGACUACAAGUUCGCUCUGCUCGAUGUUCGCCCGGCUCUUGACUCAUUUUCUGCUCUUCGAGAUCGUAUGCGCGUGGUUUGGAGGCGUUGGAGAUUUCCUGAACCUCCCGUCCGACCAUCCUCUUGA